AGUUCUGCUGUAACUGUGUAGCAUAUAUGUGGUUAGAGCACAUACUUAUUACAGUCCCAAACCUUCCUGUGAAGUAAACAAGAAAGGAAAUGCAAACCAAUUAAAUAACUCCUUUUUCUUUCAAUGUUCGUAGUAUUGGACGUCAUUAUUAACCAGACAGAGCACUUUGAGCAGUUAGUAAUUACAAGAAAAAAUGUGACUGCAUUUCACAACUUUGGGAACUACAAUAUACAGGAUAUAUGUGGAAGAUUGCUUAAGUUUUUAGACCUACCGCCUGAUAUAAAUACAGUUCAUGUUAUCUAAUAAAGAACAUUUGUCCAGAAUGGGUACCAGUAACAAACCGAGCUGUAUUUUAAUACAUCUAGUUUUCUUGAUCAUUUUAUACGUAGAUACUUGUAGUGGCCAACAUACGAAUGAAACGCGGUGGAUCAAAAACAUCUACUCGAACUGUUCUGAUGAUGUUUAUCAAGGAUUAUUGGAAAAAGUCUCGACCUGUAUUAAAGAUGUCGCUCCGAACAUGCAAACAUUUCUGGAUAACUUAAAAAUCGAUAUUGCUUACAAAGAUUACGCAAAAAUAUGCCAGAAAUUCGCCACCAGUUUGAAAUGUGUCGAAAUAUUUUUUAAUAACAAGUGUAUGGAAAAAGCAAAGCUGUUGACAACGCAAAAGUUGGCAUACUCAGCGGUCUUCGACUACCUAUGUGCUGAAAAUCAAAAGAAAAUUUCUGAAUUCUUUGAAGGGUUGGAUGACCAGUGUUCCAUUCAAGAAAACGACCAGUCUACUGCAUGUUUACAAGGGUUCCUUCCAGCAACAAAUAUUGUUUCUUCAUUCUCCGACAUUUGCAACAAAACUGGAAACAUGGAGAAUUGCCUACAGCAAGCUCUGUCCAAGUGUACAGAUAAAAGCAGGGGAGUGCUAAUAGGUGCAGUGCGUGUCUAUGAAAAUAAAGUAUGUGAAGAACAACAUACGAAGACAGUAACUGAAGAACCAAGCACAGCAUCACAAACCAUUCCAACCAGUACCUUAAUACUGGUGACAAUAGGUGUGGAGCUGCUGAACCGUUUCAAAUCUUCCACGAGAUGAUAGCUGUAAAAACACACCAGUUCUUCGUUGAGUAAUUAAGAUUAAAUCUUGUGCAUCAUUUAAAAUAACAAUGAUAUAUGUUGUAUCCUUUCGAAUAUAGGACUUUUGGAACUGAAGUUUCUUUUGCUCAACAAUGUUUCGGUACUGAGAUGCGGUUGCGCGAACCUCCACAACCUACGUUUCAUAAAGAGAUCAUCAAGAGGUACGCUUCAUUGAGCUUCAGCACGUUUACUUUACGAGUGGUUGGGAGUUUAGUAUCUUAAAAAAGUGGAAAAUUGAAAAUUAUGCGUAAAAACAAAAAUAUAAACAUGUUUGUUUAUUUUUAUAACGCAUUUUCUGAAAUAAAAAACUUGUAUGUU